AUGGCAGACAAAAGGCAUUCCUUUCGCUUCCGGUUCCCUUGGAGUCAUAGUCCCCGUACUAAAGAUGAACCUAAAACCAAAAAUCCUGCACAGUCAACCUCCACAGUAGUCCCUGAUGACAGGCCACCAUUUCGGCCAGCAGGAAAAGCUCCGGUGAAGGACACUCCUUCACAAUCUCAGAAGCCUCAAAAAACUGAACCUCCACCAUCUCAUGCAGCCAGUGAGUCCCCAAAGACUCAAUCCCCGUCUCGGUUAUCUCCAUCAAGGAAAUCACAUCCCACCACUCAACAAAGCUCUCCCCCAUCACCUGCAUCCUCUCAAUCUCAACCAGUAGAGGAAGCAAUAUCUCAGCCACAGAAACAUCGUCGAAAAAUAGAGAUCAUAUCUGAAACUGAUUCCGGUGCUGAGGAUAGUACUCCUAGAGAAACCACCUCUCAAACUCGUGAAACUUCUCCUGAGGGUAUACAACUAUUUGCUUCAUCUGAUAAAUCAGAUUCUGAUACCCCAAAUGCAGAUCACAAGCAGAUUUCGGAAUCAGAGACAGAGUCAAAAGAGCCCAAAGAAGCGGAGAAAGAAGUGCAGGCACCGGCAGUAGAAGAAAAGACCAAUGGUUACACAAAACCAUUGCAAGAAAGGAUCACUCAACUUCAUGCUGCCGCAAAGGACUCAGCAAACUUGGGAAAUCAGACCAAAGACCCCAUUGGAGUUGCAUUGCAAGCAGAACGGCGACACGAGAAGCAAGAAAGGGUCACUGAACCUCAUGCUGCAGUGACAGACUCAGGACAUCACACCAAAGAUGGAGUUGCAUUGCAAGCAGAUCAGGAAAGGGUCACUGGACUUCAUGCUGCAGCAACAGACUUGGAAACUCACACCAAAGACCCCCUUGGAGGUGCAUUGCAAGCAGAUCAGCGGCACGAGAAGCAAGAAAGGGUCACUGAACCUCAUGCUGCAGCCAUAGACGCAGGAAAUCACACCAAAGAUGGAGUUGCAUUGCAACCAGAACAGGAGAAGAAAGAGAAGUUUGAGACGAAAGUGAUACUAGCCACCACAGGCUCUGAUGAGAGGAACUCCACAAGGGUGUCUAUUAGAAAGAUGGUUGCAUCAACUGCGGAACAAGCUCCUCCAAAUAAAGAAAUCAGGGAAGAUGUUUCCAAGGUUGAUAAGCUCGCUAGUGCACACCAAAUGCUUGAUCAGCCAGUUGGUGUUGUGACCUUAACGGGAGAAAACAGAGGAGCAGCAAUGAACUUAAGCUCAGAACCAGGAAAACGAGAAGAAGCAGUGCACAUACGCCACAAUUACAAGCUCAAUCCAGAUGAUAAUGAAGCUACUACUGAUGGAGAGGUAAGCACUAGGGAAGACAUUUUGGAGGACCAUAAGAAUGAGGGAGAUCAACAAAGGAGCACAUACAUCAACAGCAAUGUCCAGAGCGUCAAUAACUCUAUUGUAUGCAAUAGUUCUGUCACGGAAAGGGAUCCAGGUGUUGCUGUGUUUUCAUCAAACCCGCCAGAAUCCAUCAAUUCAAACAAAGAAUCAGACUCCCACCAAACGCACAAGUCUCAAGUCAUCCAAACUCCUGCCGAUAGGCUCACUUAUGAAUCCGCUGUAAGACGGCGAUGCCUCAAAGGACUAUUCCUGGAAUCAAGUGACUCAGAACCAGAUAAUCCCGCCAAGCCUCGGCGUCAUGGCUGCCGCUAUGUUUGUGGAAAACAAAGGAAGGAGACAGAUAUCGGAAUUGUUUAA